CAGAGCAAAUGUAGCAUCCAUAAGUGACUUGUGCAAUGGAGAACCUGGAAAGAAAUGAAGCGCUUAAGAGGCCAUGGGACACUUGCCGUGAGGUUCCGAUAAUUGAAGAUGAACACACACCUUGGAAGUUCCUAAAGCUUCUAAAGAUUAUCACUUUGCUUGCAGUAGCAAUCAUUGUGUUUGGACUGGCAAUAUGUAGCAAGGUUUCUUUCCUUCUCCUCAUCACUUUAUCCCAUGAAGAUACAAAGACUAUCCAACCAGAUCAUAAACCUGUCUUAUUGUUGUGUAUUGGUUGCGCUCUUAUUGCACCUAGUGUUCUUCUGCUCUUCAAAAGCAUCUGGAAAGGAUGUUAUAAAUCAUCAAAGGUGCCGAAGAAAGCAUCUGUAGCCCUGGUUUUGUUCUUCGAGCUUCUAGUUUCUGUGGGGUUGGCCAUUCUUACCAUCGUUGCAAUGCCACACUUGGACAUUGUCACCAAUGUGACGAUUCUUAAUGGUGUGGCUGUCCUCCCUGCAUUCUUUCAAGCAGUCGCUCAGUGUACUGCCAAAAAGAUAAAUGUCUCCCUGCUUCCCUCUAUUCUCGGCGUCUUGGCUAUACUCACUGCUUUCUGUGUUUUUCUUGUCCUGUACAUUCUGAAAGACCUUACAGAUGUGCAGACAGCAACUUGGGUGGGUCUUGCUGUUGGUGGCUGCUUCUUUGUGUCUUUUAACUGGUGGGAGAACUACUUUAUGCUCAUCUGUGUGAACAGCAAAUCAAAGUUCCUUAAAAGUCUUUUUGAGGACUUGACCAAGUGUCAGAACAUGCUGCACAUCCUCUCCAGCUUACUCAGGAUUGCGGUGACUGCCUGUGUGCUUGGUGCUUAUGUCCCUCUGGCCAACAUGGACUGGGACAUUGUGACCUCCAUUCCAAGCCGGGAAACAAGAAUUGUAGUCAUCACCAUUGGAGUCCAGCUAAUCUCCUCAGCACUCUGCCACUGGUUUGCUUUGGCAGCCUUCAAGAUGCACGCUAUACGGAGAUGCUUCAUCAUACCUUUGUACCUGGCUUCACUGGCUGUGAUGGUGUUCUACAUCGUCCCUGUGAUUGUUUACUUUGAGGACUAUAAAUUAAGCCUGAACACAACUGAAAACAUCAACUUUACAAGUUACUGUGCCGAAGCCGUGAAUGGAAGAAAUCUAAGUCUGAUUGGUAACCUGUACCCAGAGCUGGUUUUGGACGUUACGCAAACUCUGUGCUUCCUGAACAUGUCAGAGAUGGUUGACAUCGGCUUACUGACGGGUGCAGCAGCUGCAUGGUGGUUUGGCCUUGUGCUGGCCACUAUCCAUAUAUGGUUCUUUAACGUCAAACGUAUCCAGAAGACACAAGACUUUUUCAUUCGGAGGCUCUAUGAGGGGGCCUUUAUUGAACAAUCUUUACUCCUCAACACCAGAUUCCAGAUUCAGACAAAAAAAGGCAUGAAGAAACAGUAUAAGGAGGAAAACAUCCCUGCUAUGGUGUAUCUCUGUGCAACAAUGUGGCACGAGACCUAUGAGGAGAUGAUGAAUAUAAUGAUUUCAAUUUUCAGACUAGACAAGUACAGACCAAAGAUAGAUCCAAAGUUCAAUGAUUUCACCUUUGAAGCCCAUAUCUACUUCGAUGAUGCCUUUGAAAGAGUUGGAAGAGAUCAGGAUCCAGACUUGAAUCGUUAUGCAAAGGACCUUGUAAGGAUCAUCACAGAGGUUUAUGGCAUUUUCAAGAACCUUGACAAAACAUUCUUCGAAGUGCAACAACAAAUCCCUGAUCAGGCAAUCAUUGAGACACCAUAUGGAGCUCGACUAGUAUUUGAAAUGCCUCAUGGGAAUUACAUUAUAGUUCACUUCAAAGACAAAGAGAAAAUCAGAAAAAAGAAAAGAUGGUCUCAGAUUAUGUAUCUUUACUAUCUUCUGGGUUGGAAACUCAUGGCCAAAUAUCACAGACGCUGGAAGUUAGGAUGCAAUGAAAAGGACGUCAUUAAGGAUUUGGAGAGAGAGAAGCACAACACCUACCUCUUGGCUUUAGAUGGGGACACAGACUUCCAACCCGCUUCAGUGAUGCUGCUUAUCGAUCGUCUUAAAAUGUAUCGUGGCGUCGGAGCAGCAUGUGGCAGAAUUCACCCUACCGGAUCAGGUCCUGCUGUUUGGUUCCAGAAGUUUGAAUAUGCUGUCAGUCAUUGGCUGCAGAAGACAGCUGAACAUGUCUACGGCUGUGUGCUGUGCAGCCCCGGAUGUUUCAGUCUAUAUAGAGCAGAGGCUUUGAUGGAUGAUAAUGUGAUGAAAACUUAUGCAACCAAAUCUACAGAGCCCAGUCACUACAUCCAAUACGACCAAGGUGAAGACCGUUGGCUGUGCACUCUGCUACUGAAACAAGGGUGGAGAGUAGAGUACAAUGCAGCAUCUGAUGCCUACACCAAUGCACCGCAGGACUUUAAAGAAUUAUUCAACCAGCGAAGAAGAUGGGGGCCUUCUACAAUGGCAAAUAUUAUUGAUCUACUCGGUUCCACCAAUAUUGUUUCCAAGAGGAAUACAUCCAUGUCCAAACCUUUCAUGCUCUACCUGCUCUUUAUCCUGAUCUCAUCCAUUGUUUCUCCAUCGACCAUCAUUCUCAUGAUUGGAGGGAGCCUGUCCUUCCUCUUGGAGAUACAUUAUGCUGCUGCUCUGAUCAUAGCUGUGAUACCCCCAGCCAUCUACUUGGGUCUUUGCUAUAAACUCAAGACAGACACCCAGAUCACUAUUGCAGCCGUGAUGAGCAUCAUGUAUGCAUUCCUUAUGUUGGUGGUGGUCAUGUCCAUUAUUGGUGCAAUGGUGAGGGAUCAAACCAUUCUGACACCCAGCAGCACUUUUAUAGUGGCCAUGUCCAUCAUUUACGUUGUCACUGCAUUGAUGCAUCCUCAAGAAUUCUUUUUAGUGUUCUAUGGCCUUCUGUACAUCCUCUGCAUCCCCAGUGCCUACCUCCUGCUCAUAAUCUACUCUAUGGUGAAUAUGAACUGUGUCUCUUGGGGCACUAGAGAAGCUAAACCUGCUGCAGGGGCAGGAACACCUGGAACCAAUGUCCAACAAAGUCAUUCAGAAAGAGCUAAAACCACCUGGAAGAAGUUCUGUUCAUGGAUGAAAUGUUGUAAAAAAUCCAACCAGACAUCAGAAGUUGAAGAGAUCAGCAUAAGGCAGGAGAAUUUGGAUCCAGAGCCAACGACCCCAGAACCUCAACCCCAGAACACCCUUAUAGAUGAUGUCUUGGAAAACGAACAGGACCUAGAGGAGAUAGCUUGUGACCCUCCAGUUCAAUCUUGGAAAAGAAAACUAGAGAGCUUGUCCACCGACAUUCAGCUACAAGAGGCCUUUCUUGAUGAGGAUGAGGAACAGUUUUGGAAUGAGCUUAUAGAAAAAUACCUCAGUCCUUUGAAAGAGGACAAAGAAAAACAGGAAGAGAUCAAAAAUGACCUGCGGGAGCUGAGAAACAAGGUCACCUUUUCGUUCUUCUUCUUGAAUGCUCUAUGGCUGGUGGCCGCCUUCAUCCUACAGGUCUUCGAUGUCUUUGUGAUCAAGAUAGAAAGUGUUAACAUGGAUCUUGAGCCAACUGGAGGAAAAUUUCAAAUUGAACCACUGAGCCUCCUCUUCAUCGUGGGCUUUGCUCUUUCAGUUGCGAUCCAGUUUUUCGGGAUGUUUUACCACAGAGUUGCCACUCUCAUUCACUAUGUGGCAUUUUUGGAAACUGACCCGAAACAACAGAAAUUAGCCGAAAAAAAGGACUUGACAUGCAGUGCGAGUUCAGAGUCAGGCUUGACCAACAGCGUUGAUCUGAGCAACAUCACAGAUGAAAUUCAAGAGGAAACAUGGAACAGUGAAACUGACUUUUCAGAACUGGACUUUGGAGAACAAAAUGAGGAGCUUUAGGCUUGAAGGAAAACAGUCUCUGGACAAACAUACUUUUUGCACUAUGAUGUUGUUACCUGUUCAGUAGAAUAUUUUUAAUGUUAAAACAAAUGUAGCCAACCUUGUUACUGUUAAUAACAGAUUUCUUGCAAAGGUGUGGCAUUUUUUAAUAUUGUCACUUUUUGUGUUUAAUUUGUUUGUAUUAUAUUAUAUGUAAAUAUUGCCUUAGAAUUAUAAAUUAACUUAUAUUUUUAACUACAAUGUGAGGAAUUAAGGUAGUUCAUCUAUGAAUAGAAACUAACAAUUUAAUGCAACUUAUGUUUAAUUUAUUCUAUGUAUCUGUAAUUUCUCUAUGAUUUAUGGUUUAUUGUAGUACACUGGUCUCAUAAUUUACGGUUAAUGCUAUUCUAAUAUCAGGAGAGGCAUAACGCGUAGCAAUCAAAACUCAUGUAUGAAGUAGUCACUUUCUAAAUUACCAUUUAGGCUAUUGAUACCUCACUUACAUCCUCCACCUAUGCAUAUUAAGUGUAUAGCAUUGUACCUUUUUGUUGUUUAGAGCAUAUACAUGUUCUGUAUUUGUGCAAUUCUUUAAAAAAAAAAUGUUUUUUUAGUAUUGAGAGGAUUGAACAGUGUGUAAAUUAUAUUGAAAUGUAUCCUUACAUUAUGAUAUCUACAUUUUUCCAUUUCUGGUUCGUGAUU